AUGAAGCCAUCAGUGUCACAGUCACAGCCUCACUCCCAGUCACACUCCCAGUCGCUCUGGCAUUGGCAUUCCCCGGUGACCAGCGCCGCGACCUUGAGAUGGCUCUGCCUGCUGCUGCUACUUCACUCCUCCAGGCAGUUUGAGACGGACUGCGGCUGUCGUCCGGCGCGUCGUGGACCCCGGAUUAUCUCCGGAGCAGCCACAAAUGAGGGCCAAUUCCCCUGGCAGGCGUCCCUGGAGCUGCUGCAUCCGUCUCUGGGCUUUCUGGGCCACUGGUGCGGAGCCGUGCUGAUCCACCAGUACUGGAUCCUCUCCGCCGCCCACUGUGUACACAAUGAUCUCUUUAACCUGCCCAUUCCGCCGCUGUGGACGGUGGUUCUGGGCGAGCACGACCGCGAUGUGGAAUCGGGCAACGAGCAGCGCAUUCCCGUCGAGAAGAUCGUGAUGCACCACCGCUACCACAACUUCCGGCACGACGUGGUGCUGAUGAAGCUCUCAAAGCCGGCGGAUCUCGCCAGAGCAUCCAACAUACGGCGCAUUUGCCUGCCCUUCAUGCUGGCCGAGUCGCAGGACACUAUCCAUUCGGAAGCUGUUUCUACAGGAUCUCCAUCUGAUGAAGAUGUGCUCCUCCAACAAUUGGAGCUGGAUGAUGUGCCCGAGAAGAUCGACAACUUUCUGCGCAGCGUUCAGAGCCGGCGACGCUACAGGAAUGUUACGGCGCCUAGCAUGCGGGAGUUGAUGAACAUGAAGAUCCUUAACAGGAUGCGGCAAGCGAUGGCGCAACGCUCUCCGCGUAGCCUUAAGCGCUCCCGGAGACGGAACGAUAAGCUCAUGAAACUGGGACCCCGGAGAGAUACAGAAGACUCCGUGGAGCAGAAGCACCUCAAAGUGAGCGAGGAGCCAAGGGAAAUGGCCUUCGUUGACUGCGUGGCCACGGGUUGGGGCAAGGCCAACAUCAGUGGCGAUCUGUCCAAUCAGCUGCUGAAGACCCAGGUGCCACUACACCAGAAUGGCAGGUGUAAGGAUGCCUACGGCAGUUUUGUGAAUAUCCACGGAGGCCACCUGUGCGCCGGCAAGCUAAACGGCGAGGGUGGCACCUGCGUGGGCGAUUCCGGCGGACCGCUGCAGUGCCGGUUGAGUCGGGAUGGCCCCUGGAUCCUGGUGGGAGUCACCUCGUUUGGAUCGGGCUGCGCCCUAGAGGGCUUCCCGGACGUCUAUACCCGCACCUCGUACUACAUGAAGUGGAUCGAGGAGACGAUCGCCGCCCACUGAGCUAAUAAAUCACCAAUGGGACUGUCCACAUAAAACGCAAUCAUACUUCAGACUACCUCCCCUACAUA